CAUUCCUUCUAGAAGGAACAGGGAUACAGGAUGGAGACUAGGGAAACCAAAUAGAGAAUAGAAGCGUGAUUGCUGAAGAAGAGGCAAUAGACAGUAUAAGGAACCUGUGUUGAGAACGGAAAGUUACAAGUAGGGAAGGAAAGGAGGCCGACCGGCAGGGACCCAGACCCCCUCCGGAGGCGGAAAGAGGCAGGACCACUUCCGGCCAAGGAGGGGGGAUUGACUCAGACCUAAGGAGAGGCUUGGAGAGAGCGGACGCAUUCUGGACUCCAGAGGACGAGGCUCAUCUGUUACUUGGCCUCUCAGGAAGAUGGAUAGAAGAAAUGGCUAUGGUUAUAGGAUGCCUGCAUUCCAGGGCCCUCUGCCUCCCUCUGGGAGUCUGGGGCUUCCCUUCCCUCUAGAUGUACAGACUGAGACCAAAGAAGAGGACAAUGCCUUGCUGAUGCAUUCCCUGUUGGCGGCAACCAAGGACCCACCUGUUGCCAACCGGCCUAAGAAAAGCAAGACCAAGAAGACUCCUGUUAAGGCUGUUGCUAAGUCCACACCUGCUGUCCCUCCAGUCCCACCUGCCACUGAGAUUGCCACCAAGCCCAAAAUAACUUUGCAAGCUUUAAACCUACCAAUCUUCGCCCAGAUGAGCCAGGGUUCAGCUACUACUGAGGCAGCCAAUAUUCAGGCUUCUUCGGGUCCUGCUCUACCUAAGAAAGCAAACAAGAUGAAGAGAAUUACUGCCAAGGCAGCUGUAGUCUCCCAGUGUUGUCUGUCAGGCAAUGAGGGUGUCACUGCCCAGCUCAAGUCACCUUUGCAGGCCCCAAACCUGCCAGUCAUCUCACAGACUAUCCAGGCUCCAAUUGCUAGUGAGUCAGCCAAUUCCCUGGCCUUUAUAGCCUCCACCAAGCCUAAGAAAACUCCCAAGUCUAAGAAGGCUGCUAAUAAGGCUAUAGGCAGUGCUAAUGAGAUCUCAUUGGCUAUAGCUUCUACCCAAGGCCAAAUUACCAAUGAGACAGUCAAUAUCCAGGCCACAGCAGCCACCAUCAGAACGAAGAAAGCGUCCAAAGCCAAGAGGACUACUGCUAAGGCCACAAAUACUGACAUAGAGCAUCUUGAGUCUCCAAAUGUCACUGAGACAGCUACCAGGCAGAUUGAGACUUCAGCAGCAGCUCUCCGGCCCAAAAAACCCAAGGGCAAGAAGGUUGCAAGUAAGGGCCCAAAUUCUGGCUUUGAGGUCUCUGAGGUCCCACCUGCCACUCAAAUGAUUACAAACCAAGCCCUAGCAGCCACUCUUCGGGCCAAGAGGGGGUCUAGGGCUCGAAAGGCUGCCACAAAGGCUCAGGUAACUGAAAGCCAAACCCAAAUUACUGACCAAGGAAGUCAGGCCAAGAUGGCCACCUCUCACAUUAGCAUAAAUGCCCUGGAGACUCAGGUUGCUACUGCUGUCCAAGCCCUGGCAGAUGACUAUCUAGCUCAACUGAGCCUGGAACCCACAGCUAGGACCCGAGGCAAGAGAAACAGAAAGUGCAAACAUCUGAAUGGGGAUGAGAGAAGUGGCAUUAAUUACAGGAGGAUCCCAUGGGGCCGAAGGCUUCCACCACCCCGAGAUGUGGCCAUUUUGCAAGAAAGGGCAAAUAAGUUGGUGAAAUACCUCUUGGUUAAGGACCAGACAAAGAUCCCCAUCAAGCGUUCAGGUAGUCUCUUAACAACCUUCCUCCUCAAGCUCUUCCUUCUCCUCUCUCCCUAUGGCCUGGAGGUAACCCUUUACCUGUAUGGCCUUUCUGUUUUAUCAUAUUUCCAUCCCUUCCCUUCUUAUACUUCACUAUUGCUAGCAGCACUCAUUAAUCUAGUUGCACUGACUCCACAGAGCUGGCAAAAGGGCCACAGCUCUGUGGCCCCUGCUCAGCCCAGCUGCUCCCACCUCUCACUUCCUGCAGAAAUGCUGAAAGAUGUCAUUCAAGAAUAUGAUGAAUAUUUCCCAGAGAUCAUUGAAAGAGCAAGCUACGCUCUGGAGAAGAUGUUUCGGGUCAAUCUGAAGGAAAUUGAUAAGCAGAGUAGCUUGUAUAUUCUCAUCAGUACUCAGGAGUCCUCUGCAGGCAUACUGGGAACGACCAAGGACACACCCAAACUGGGUCUCCUCAUGGUGAUUCUGAGUGUCAUCUUUAUGAAUGGAAACAAGGCCAGUGAAGCUGUCAUCUGGGAGGUGCUACGCAAGUUGGGGCUGCACCCUGGGGUGAGGCAUUCACUUUUUGGAGAAGUGAGAAAACUCAUCACAGACGAGUUCGUGAAGCAGAAGUACUUGGAAUACAAGAGGGUCCCCAACAGCAGACCACCUGAAUAUGAGUUCUUCUGGGGCCUGCGCUCUUACCAUGAGACUAGCAAGAUGAAAGUCCUCAAGUUUGCUUGCAAGGUACAGAAGAAAGACCCCAAGGACUGGGCUGCUCAGUAUCGGGAAGCAGUGGAGAUGGAAGUCCAAGCUGCAGCUGUAGCUGUGGCUGAAGCUGAGGCCAGGGCUGAGGCAAGAGCCCAAAUGGGGAUUGGAGAGGAAGCUGUGGCUGGGCCCUGGAACUGGGAUGACAUGGAUAUUGACUGCCUAACAAGGGAAGAAUUAGGUGAUGACACUCAGGCCUGGAACAGAUUUUCAUUUGAAAUUGAGGCUAGAGCCCAAGAAAAUGCAGAUGACACCACCAAUGUCAACUUCAACCAAGAAUCUAGCACCAAUGAUAGCUUCAAUGAUGGUGCUAGUAUUAGCUUCAAUGGUGCACCCAGCUCCAGUGGUGGCUUUGGUGGCGGAGGUGGUAUUACCUUUGGUGAUACACCCAGCACUAGUGCAAGCUUCAGCAGUGUAGCCAGCAUUAGCUUUGGUGGCACACCUAGUACCAGCACCAGCUUCAGCAGCAUAGCCAGCAUUAGUUUUGGUAGUGCUCCCAGCACUAGCACUAGUUUCAGUGGUGGAGCCAGUAUCAACUUUGAUGGCACACCCAAUACCAGUGCCAGUUUCUAUAGCACAGCCAGCAUUAGCUUUGGUGGUACACCCAGUACUAUUACUAGUUUCAGUGGUGGAGCCAGCAUUAGCUUUGGUGGUGCACCAAGUACCAGCACUAGUUUCAGCAGUACAGCCAGCAUUAGCUUUGGUGGUACACCCAGCCCUAGCACCAGUUUCAAUGGUGGAGCUAGCAUCAGCUUUGGUGGUGCACCCAACAUUAGCACCAAUUUCAGUGGUGGAGCAAGCAUUAGCUUUGACGGUGCACCGAACACCAGCACUAGUUUCAGUGGUGGAGCGAGCAUUAGUUUUGGUGGUGCAGCUUGUACCAAUGGCAGUUUCAGUGCUGGAGCCAGCUCUAGCUUUGGAGGCACACUCAACAGCAUAACAACUGGCUUCAGUGGUGCACUUAGCACCAGCACUAGCUUUGGCAGUGCAUCCACCACAAGCACUGUCUUCAGUGGUGCACUUAACACCAGCACUGGCUUUGGAGGUACACUUAGCACCAGUGUCUGCUUUGGUGGCUCUCCCACAUCUGGCUCCAGUUUUGGAGGCACACUCAGUACCAGUAUCUGCUUUGGUGGCUGUCCUAGCACCAGCAUUGGUUUUGGCUCUGCAAGCACCAGCAUACUUAGCACCAGUGUCUCCUUUGGUGGCUCCUCUAGUACCAGUUCUGACUUUGGAGGCACACUAAGCACCAGUGUCUGCUUUGGUGGCUCUCCCAGCACUAGUGCCAGCUUUGGUGGUGCACUAAAUAGCAGUGCUGGCUUUGGUGGUGCAAUCAGCACCAGUGCUGGCUUUGGUGAUGCUGUCAACACCAGUGCCAGCUUCGGCAGUACACUUAAUAGCAGUGCUGGCUUUGGCAGUGCCAUUAGCACUGGUGCCAGCUUUAGCGGUGCAUUCAGUAGCAAUGCUGGCUUUAGCAGUGCCAUCAACACCAGUGCUGGCUUUGAUGGUGCUGUCAGUACUUGUACUGGGUUUGGCAGUGCACUCAAUAGCAGUGCUAGCUUUGGCAGUGUCAUCAGCACCAGUGCAAGCUUUGGUGGUACACUCAACAGCAGUUCUGGCUUUGGCAGUGCACUUAGUACCAGUGCUGGCUUUGGCAAUGCUCACAACACUAGUGCCAGCUUUGACGGUGUGCUCAACACCAGUGCUGGCUUUGAUGGAGCUGUAAGCACCACUGCUGGCUUCAGUGGUGUACAAAGCACCAAUCCCGGCUUUGGCAGUGCAUUCAGCACCAGUGCUGGCUUCAGUGGGACACUUAGUACCACUACUGAUUUUGGUGGUACUCCCAGCAGCAACAUUGGCUUUGAUAAUGCUCCCAGUACCAGUGUCAGCUUUGAUGGUGCUCACAGCACCAGCCUGUGUUUUGGUGGAGCUCCCAGCACCAGCCUCUGCUUUGGCAGUGCAUCUAACACAAACUUAUGCUUUGGUGGCUCUCCUAGCACCGGUGCCUGCUUUAGUGGUGCUACCAGUGCCAGUUUUAGUGAUGGACCAAGCACUAGUGCCGAUUUCAGUUUUGGCAAUGGGUUAAGCACCAGUGCUGGAUUUGGAGGGGGACUGAGCACCAAUGCCGGCUUUGGUGGCAGCCUAAGCACUAACACUGGCUUCGGUGGCAGCCUAGGAACCAGCACUGACUUCAGUGGCGGACUAAGCACCAGCACUGGCUUUGGUGGUGGACUAAGUACCAGUGCUGGCUUCGGUGGAGGACUAGGUACCAGUGCUGACUUUGGUGGUGGACUAGGCACUGUUGCUGGCUUUGGUGGCAGACUAGGCACCGGUGCUGGCUUCGGUGGUGGACUAGGCACCAGCACUGGCUUUGGUGGUGGACUGGUCUCUACUGAUGGCUUUGGUGGUGGACUGGGUACCAGUGCUGCUUUUGGCAGCACACUUGGCACUUGUACAGGCUUUAGUGGUAGCCUCAGCACCAGCGAUGCCUUUGGCAAUGGGCCUAAUGCCAGCUUCGACAGAGGACUGAGUUCCAUCAUUGGCUUUGGCAGUGGUUCCAACACCAGCACUGGCUUUCCUGGCGAACCCAGCACUGGCACCAGCUUCAGUAGUGGACCGAGUUCUAUUGUUGGCUUCAGUGGUGGACCAAGCACUAGUGCUGGCUUCUGCAGUGAACCAAGCACUGGUGGCUAUGGUGGUGGACUGAGCACUGGAGCUAGCUUUGGUGGAUCAAGCACUGGAGCUGGCUUUGGUGUUGGACUGAGUACCAGUAUUGGCUUCAGUGGCGGACCAAGCAGCAGUGCUAACUUCGGUGGUGGAUUGAACACCAGUGCAGGAUUCAGCGGUGGACCAAGUACCAGUUCUGGAUUCGGCGGUGGACCAAGCACUGGUGCUGGCUUUGGUGGGGGAGCCACUAGCCUUGGUGCCUGUGGCUUCUCUUACAGCUAGUAAGGUUUCAGGUUUAAUGUUUACAGAUAUCACUAGUGAACUGCAGCAUUCCUUCCCACGGAGCCAAGGUACAGGCUUGGAAUCUUUGUCCACACCGCAGUCUGGACAGCCACUACCCAUCAGCUGAGGGUGACACACUACAAAAAAUCUGUUUUCUGUUCUUGCUCUAUCGUUUGCUUUUUGUGUGCUGUCAUAUUUUGGUAUCAGAGUUACAUUAAAUUUGCAAAAUGAA